UAGGGCAAAUACUUUGAGAUUCAGUUCAGCCGAGGGGGUGAACCAGACGGUGGGAAGAUCUCCAACUUCCUCCUGGAAAAAUCCCGGGUGGUCUCCCAGAACGAAGGCGAGAGAAACUUCCACAUUUACUACCAGAUCCUGGAAGGAGUAAGUGAGGAGGAGAGGGAGAACCUGGGAGUAACUAGCCCGGAUUAUUAUUACUACCUUAACCAGUCUGCGACUUACAAAGUCGAUGGUGUUAACGACAAGUUGGAGUUUACUGAAACCAUGAACGCAAUGGCAGUCAUUGGCCUUUCCCUGGAGGAUCAGUCCAGUGUCCUGCAGAUUGUGGCCGGGAUCCUUCACCUUGGAAACAUCGCCUUCCGUGAGCAGGGCAACUACGCCGUGGUGGAGAGCGAGGACUUCCUUGCCUUCCCAGCCUACCUGCUGGGCAUUGAGCAAGGCUGGCUGAAGGAGAAGCUGACCAGCCGGACGAUGGACAGUAAGUGGGGAGGCCGCUCUGAGACCAUCGACGUGACCCUCAACGUGGAACAGGCCAACUUCACCCGCGAUGCCCUCUCCAAGGCCCUGUACGCCCGGCUCUUCGAUUACCUCGUGGAUGUGAGUGAGGCGGGAUGGGGCAGGAGGGUCAGCACUGAGGGACUCCCACAGACAGAGGCGAAACAGAUCGGCGCCGUCUCUGGAAGCGCGGCAUCGGACAGGCAUGCUGCGAUCGGGCAGGCGGCCCGCAGGGAGCGGGGAAGGCAGCCAUUUUGUGCUAACGACGCGCCCUUUCUUAGGUUCCUCGCUGUGGCGGUAGCCAUGGUGCUCUGCCGGGGCGCGGCCGCAGAGAGCCAAAUGUACGGACAAAUCACUUCCCCUGGUUACCCCAACCCGUACCCAGAGGACAUGGAGAGAGAGUGGACUGUCACAGUCCCCAAGGGGUACAGGGUCCAGCUCCAUUUCACCCACUUCGACCUUGAGCCCUCUCAGAAAUGCAUCUACGACUCAGUUGAG